UUUCUCCACACCUUAGAGCAGGCGCUGAGAGAGUGGAAUUUCACAAAGGCAGUGUGGACUGGCUUGGUGGUGAACUUUCCAACCACGUAGGGCUGUAAUUCCAGGUGUGGUGGUCAGGUGACUCUGAAGGGCAAUAGUUUUGUCAGGCUCCGCUGGACACAACAUUAGAAGUGGGCACCUGGAUAGAAGACAGUCUGAGGAAUGCUCAAGGGGCUGUGGGGUGCCACUUGGACCCCUUCACCUUGGCAGAGGCGUGCUCUUGGCCUGGUUUCUGAUGGGAGUAAGGGGGUAAGAGCCUGAAGGACAUUCCUGCCAUCUCUGGCACGCGGAUUUGAGUGUUUACACUGCUGGUAGGCGCUGCUGCAGCCCCUGCCAGGCUGGAUUACAGUAUUGGGAUCUCUGGGGCAGGCGUUCCCAGGUGCCGGCUUGAGACAAAGGAACCAGGAAGCAGGGUCUCCCGAUUGCAGAGAAGGAAACUGCAGUCCAGGAUGGCGCUGCCGGUCUGUCUAAAGUCACUCCGCUGGUUCCGGCCGAGCUCCGACUUCCAGAGUGAGGCGCAUGACCCCUGCAUACCAGGCCUCCACGGGUCCCAGGCUUGAGGGCCUGUCGGUCCCCACCCCCUUGGAAAGGCCAGGAGAAGAGCCUGUGCUGGUCGUGAGCCUCCACCUGUGCCCUUGACUGCAACACCCUAGUGCCCCCCACCACCCCAGCUCAAUCAUGGCGAAGCUGGAGACACUGCCUGUGCGAGCUGACUCAGGGCGGGAUCCCCUCCUGGCCUUUGCCCCACGGCCCUCUGAGCUCGGACCCCCAGAUCCUCGUCUGGCCAUGGGCAGCGUGGGCAGUGGAGUUGCCCAUGCCCAGGAGUUCGCCAUGAAGAGCGUGGGCACCCGCACAGGGGGUGGGGGCAGCCAGGGCCCUCGAGCUGGUGGCAGUGGGGCCAGCAGGGAGAGGCCAGGCCGCUACCCAUCCGAGGACAAGGCUCUCGCCAACUCCCUCUACCUCAACGGUGAGCUGCGGGGCAGUGACCACACGGAUGUCUGUGGCAAUAUGGUGGGCGGCAGUGGUGGCAGCAGCAGUAGCGGCGGCAGUGACAAGGCCCCACCACAGUAUCGUGAGCCCAGCCACCCACCUAAGCUCCUGGCCACCUCUGGCAAGCUAGACCAGUGCUCAGAGCCGCUAGUUCGGCCUUCAGCCUUCAAGCCUGUUGUACCCAAGAACUUCCACUCCAUGCAGAACUUGUGUCCUCCACAGACCAGCGGGACCCCUGAGGGACGACAGGGCCCUGGGGGCCUCAAGGGUGGACUGGACAAGUCUCGGACCAUGACCCCAGCGGGCGGGGGUGGGGGCAGCCUCUCAGACUCAGGCCGGAACUCACUCACAAGCCUGCCCACCUACAGCUCUAACUACAGCCAGCACGUGGCGCCCCUCAGUGCCUCCACCAGCCACAUUAACCGCAUUGGCACUGCCGGCUAUGGUAGUGGCAGUGGCAGUGGCACUGGCAGUAGUGGCGGUGGGUCGGGCUACCAGGACCUGGCCACCUCUGACAGUGGGCGGGCCUCUAGCAAGAGUGGGUCCUCCUCCUCCAUGGGGCGGUCUGGCCACCUGGGAUCGGGAGAGGGCGGAGGUGGAGGCCUGCCGUUCUCGGCCUGCUCACCACCCUCGCCCAGUGCUCUGAUCCAGGAUCUAGAGGAGCGGCUGUGGGAGAAAGAGCAGGAGGUGGCCGCUCUGCGCAGGAGCCUGGAGCAGAGUGAGGUGGCGGUGGCCCAGGUUCUGGAGGAGCGGCAGAAAGCGUGGGAGCGCGAGCUGGCCGAGCUGCGGCAGGGCUGCAGCGGGAAGCUGCAGCAGGUGGCCCGCCGUGCCCAGCGUGCUCAGCAGGGCCUACAGCUGCAAGUGUUGCGGCUGCAGCAGGACAAGAAGCAGCUGCAGGAGGAGGCAGCCCGCCUGAUGCGACAGCGGGAAGAGCUCGAGGACAAGGUGGCCGCCUGCCAGAAGGAGCAGGCCGACUUCCUGCCCCGGAUGGAGGAAACUAAGUGGGAGGUGUGCCAGAAAGCCGGGGAGAUCUCCCUCCUGAAGCAGCAGCUGAAGGACUCGCAGGCGGAUGUGUCCCAGAAGCUGAGUGAGAUUGUGGGGCUGCGCUCCCAGCUGCGGGAGGGCCGGGCCUCGCUGCGGGAGAAGGAGGAGCAGCUGCUCAGCCUGAGGGACUCCUUCGGCAGCAAGCAGGCCAGCCUGGAGCUGUCCGAGGGUGAGCUGCCCACCGCCUGCCUCAAGCCGGCACUGACCCCGGUGGACCCCGCCGAGCCGCAGGAUGCUCUGGCCACGUGCGAGAGCGACGAGGCCAAGAUGCGCCGGCAGGCAGGGGUGGCCGCCGCCGCCUCCUUAGUCUCCUUGGACGGGGAGGUGGAUGCCGGUGGGGAGAGCGGGACCAGGGCCCUGCGGCGGGAGGUGGGGCGGCUGCAGGCCGAGCUAGCGGCUGAGCGGCGAGCUCGGGAGCGCCAGGGGGCGAGCUUCGCAGAGGAGCGCCGCGUGUGGCUGGAGGAGAAGGAGAAGGUCAUCGAGUACCAGAAGCAGCUGCAGCUGAGCUAUGUGGAGAUGUACCAGCGCAACCAGCAGCUCGAGCGGCGGCUGCGUGAACGUGGGGCCGCAGGGGGUGCCAGCACACCCACCCCCCAACAUGGCGAGGAGAAGAAAGCCUGGACCCCUUCCCGCCUUGAGCGCAUUGAGUCCACAGAAAUCUGAUCCCUGAUCUCGGCAUGGGACUUUUGACAAAUACCCUGUCAAAGGCCAGAGUCCCCAAUGUCCCCUCCCGCCAUCUCUCCUCCCCAGGUUUCCCAUAUCCCCAGACCAAAGAGGUUCUCAAAGCAGCUGUGGCCAGGUCCCUUCCCUUCCUGCACUGAGUGCCCUUCUAGCUCUACUGCUGCCCCUCUGGGCAACCCACUGGGCCCUCCUCCAAGGACGGAACAGGGAGAGGGCAGAGCAAGCAGGGACUAGGGGCCCAGGCUCCCUUUGUUGGCACUCCCUUGUUGGAGAUGGAGGUGGCAGGCCUGUAGUGCCAUGAGGUGCCCCAGCCCCUCAUUGGGUCUGGGCUGCUACUGUUGGCUACUCUGUGUCCAGUAAUGUUCUCUGUGCUCACCUCCUAGGCCAUGUAACCUGAGGGGGUCUGCUGAAACUGAUAGACCUUGGGCUCCUGGCCUCUCUCCUUCUUGCACUAUUCUCCCUUCCUGGGCAGAUUGGCAGGACAAGUGGGAGCAGAUGGCCUGCCUGUGGUUGAGAGGGCUACCUGCCCAGCCCCUCCCCACCAAGGUCUCUAGGGUUCAGGCCUCAGAGCCUGGCUUGGUCUGAGUGUGUGUCCAUAGUGUGUAUUGAGGGAGGGAAGGGCUGGGGCUGGAGGCUCAGUGUCCAGGAAAGAUUUGCCCUCCUGUUCCUGGAAAGGUCGCCUGGAGGCUUCUAAGCUCUCCCUCCCCACACCCCACCCUGACCACGAUCCAAGGGCAAUAGCCUCAUCUGCUUGGCCUGCCCACACACAGGGCCACUGUCUGGUUCUAACUACAGCUAUUAAGUGCUACCUGCCUCUCAGGCACUCCCCUCACCCGUACUGAGGUCAUGAGUGUCUGUGAUGUCUUCCCCACUCCAUUCCUCCAGCCUCCUUCUGCUUUCAGCUCAGAACAUCAUUGUCACCUCUUCCCUCAAAACUCACCUUUUCUUCCAGUAGAAAUUUCUGCUUGAUAUCUGGUGCAUUCACUGCCCACUUCCAAGCUCCACUGGGCCCAAACCUGAGCCUGGGGCCCUUGUUUUGGGGGGUGGUUGUGAUUGCCCUUGAAAGACAAGGCUGACCUUUGAGUCUCCAGAGCCCUGAGGUAGCCCAGGAAAGGCCUGACAUGGCCAUCAGUGGGGUUGGGGCAUCUAAUGUGACUUCCUCCUGUAUGGGCCCUCUCAGAGUCCAUCUCCCCAAGGUAGGAAGGGAAAGGCAAAUUUCUAAUUCACCAGCAAUAAAAAUUGGAGGAGGCUUGGCCCUUAGCCCUUGUAUUUCUCUUUUCACUCUCUUCCUCCCACCCCCAAGACUAGGUUUGGGGACUGGGUGGAGAGAGCUGGCAACUACUGUGAGCAAGUCCUCUAACCCCUGACCAGCCUCCUCCCAUGACUGGUGACUGUUUAACAAGCUGUGCAGCUCCCAUGAAAACAGGAGUGCCUCUCUGGCCUCUAUGUCUUUGCACAGCCCUUUCCUGUGGCCCUCACCAGAUCUCUGAACUGAGUUGGGGGGGCCAUGCUGGCAAUCACUGCCGAUUCCACUCACCCCUCGGUGGACCUGUCCCAGAAUCUGGGCCUGGGCCAGAGGGGCAGGGAGAAGAGAAGGCAUUAGUAGAAGAAAAAAAAAAAUAUUAACAGACUCAGCUUUGGGACUUCCAACCACAAAAGAAAUUAUAUAUAAAUAUAUAUAAAUAUAUAUCUCUACCAUAUGUGAUGGAAAGACUUUUGUUUUCUUUUCCCAAAGAAAUAAAAUGGAGAAAGCCUCUUGA